AUGGCCAAUGGAAAGAACAGGUUGUUCUGGCUGACCAGUCUGGCCAUCGCAUCAAUACCCCUCGCCGUCACCUUCUAUGGCAUCCACAGCGACCGUCGAUGGCUAACGAUUCUCUCCUUCGUCGUCUUCGUGAUAUGUCUCCUCCUCUCGACCUGCACCUUUGUCUCCUGGAAGACCUUCAAGUUUUCGACACCCAUCAUCCUCCAGGUCCUCCAUGGCAUAUCCUACGCCCUCUCGCCUCUCGUCAACAUCCUCAGGAACAUCCCUGUGCUCAGCAACGUUGUCAAUGGCUCUAUUAAGCUGAUCUUCUGGUCCUGGUUCGUCAUCCUCAUGUUCUCCGACGUCCUCGUCCGCAAGCUGCUCAAGGGCUUUGUCGGCCUUCACGAACCAAGUGCCGGGCAGUAUUCGACCGUCAAUGCGUGUGACACUAACUUUCAGCCAUGUGGAGAAUUCGGUAAAGUUCUCGACAAGGAAAAAGUCAAGCGGAUCGAGGAGGGCGGACGCAACUUUGAAAACGAUCACGACUAUGACGAGCGCAAAAUCGCCCUCCGACCACGGAACAAUACCAACAACAAUGGCAGCAGGAAAUCAAAGGAGCGACCAAAGUCCAUGCACAUGGAUUUCAAGUACAAGAUUUCAGGAAAGGAUGGUUCCGACCUCGCAUCAAUGUCGAGCGCAGACUGGGCCCAGGUGCUCCAGAUGGCCAACAUCGACAAGGCUCGGUACGGCAGCGAACAAGGGUUCGACGACGACGGUCAUCUCCCCUCAGCAGACUCCUCCCAGGCCAAGCAAGGAGGCGAUCGCCCACGUUACUCCCAGCCCAUUGCUACUACCCUCGCCAUGGUAGCAAAGCUCGUCUACGAGGAUGUACCCAUCAUCCGACACGAGCUCGCAAGAUCAGGAUACGACCUGCACUCGUUCCGUGCUAUUGCAUACAGGAACACCUGCGGAUUUAUUGUGCAAAAGGGACGCAACAUUGUUCUAGUUUUCCGCGGAACCGACCCUCUCAACCUCCAAAACGCAUGGACCGACCUGCAAUCUCGCCUCGUCCCUAUUCAGACACUACAGGAUCCACCCGUGCCGCUGGGGAAAUGUCACAAAGGCAUGUACAACGCACUGGGGAAGGCAGACGACUUUCUUUUACCUUCAGAGCAAUUGGCACAGCAACAACGAGAGGAGAGUCGCCUGGGCCGCCGUCGGUACAGCGACACAGAUUUGGACGAGCACGGCUACCCCUUGCAUUUGGACGAGUCUUUGCCUGCGCAUCACUCAACCACCAGCCCAGCCUCAUCUUUCCGUUCGGAAGCCACACGGACCAACACUCUCAACCUGGAACUUUCGAACCAGUCGGUCUACCAGACCAUCGUUACAUCUAUUCGCGCAGCCUAUAUCCUCAUUAAGUUCCUGGUCGUCGGACUCUUUACGCACGUUGCAGACCCUGUCGACUAUCGGUUUGCAGGCGAGAUCAGAGAUCUGGGCGCAUUUGCUCAGGCCUGCCGAUGGGUGGACGGAUUGAGGCUCGAGCAUGCGGAGAGAGAAUACAAGAAGAUGCAAAAGCCAAGGGGAUCGCAUCCCCGAGGACACUCGUCAGGUUCGAGGCGGAUAAGCAGAAGCAACAGUCUGGGCGGUCAUUACUCGCAGGACGAGCUGGACUAUCUGCAGGAUGUUGAUGGUUGCGACGCCGGGCGGAGGCGCAGACCUAGUCUUUCAGGAAGUCAAGGAUCUAUCAGAGCCUCGACAAGACGACUUUCCUUGACGAACGCCCACACCGUUGGUCAGUCGCAUCACCGGAGACGACUUUCAGGUCAAGCGUCAGAUAACAAGGAUCCCUUCCAAUCGAUGGAAUCGUGGAGAGACAUUGGCAACUCUAUUCUGGACAUUUACAACAACCAGUACCGCAACGAGCAGGACGGUGACUACAAGCGCAAAAAGCUUCGGUUCUAUAUCUGCGGUCACAGUCUGGGAGGAGCACUCGCGACCAUCUUCUUGGCCAAGAUGGUCGAAUGUAACUCGCCGCUCUUGGAUAUCUUUUCUGGCCUCUACACGUUUGGUUGUCCAAGGCUGGGAGACAAGGACUUCAGUCACGCAUUCGGACAACGGUUGGCUUGCAAGAUGUUCCACCAUGUCCACAACAAUGAUGUCUUUCCGCGCGUACCAUUCUGGGGCACGUACGAGACACCUCCUGGUACACUGGUCUUUAUCGACUCCUCCCGCAAUCUGACUUUAUACCCACCCGACCCAGUCACACUCAUGCCGGUCCCUGUCCGAGGCAUCUCCUUUAUGCAUCUUUCUGGUAUCCUGAACGUCCGUGUCAUUAUGAGGAUGCGACAGGAGUCUUGGCUCCGUCUCCUGGAGCGAAUUGUCCUGCCUUUCUUCAUGAAUGACCAUUUCCCAGGAGACUAUGUCAAGGCGCUGGCCGAGGGAAAGAUUGAGAUUGUGGUUCAGGAUACGGCUCACUAUGGUGGCGUUGAUGAGACAGAGACCAGCAAGGCUGCUCAGCGCGGAUACUUUUCGUUCUUUAGACGGAAAGUUAGCAAGGCUGCCGAUUCCAAGCCAGCUCAAGUUGUUCUUCCAGAGACCAGUGGGGGAGUGCAAGAAAACGGCAAAGCAGAUUGCAGUCUGGGAUCUAGAAGGAGAGCAGUCAGUUUUGGUGGGAAAGCUAUGGGACGGGGAGGUAUCUUGUCGGAUUCGUUGUCGGGCGAGAAUGAUAGUGGGUACGGUGCAGGGAACCGGUCGGAUGAGGCAAAGAACUCUAAAGUGCGCAGGCGCAUCAUCAAAUAUACCUAUCGCGACGACGAGGACGAGGAUGAUACUCCUGUCCGUGGCGAUUAUUCUCGACAAUCCAGGGACAACAGCAACAGGAGCAGUUGGAUGGAUACGGCAGAUGAGGAUGGUGCAGAGGGGCAGGUCCACUGGCGAGAGCUAGCGGCGGAAUCAAGUCAAGCACGAGCUGGCGGUAGUCGACAGAGAUCGGGGUUGCGCAGGUCGCGGUCGUCGUCCCUGUCCAGGUCUUAUAGUCGGGGGUCUUUCCUUCCACCGAAGCACAACCAUACGCGGAGAGGAAGUAUUGGUGAGGGUAGGCAGAGGAGCAUGUCUUCGCCGUAUCAGUCAGGCAAACUGUCAAAGCACGAGAUUCGUUAG